UGCCGGGCGGGCGCCGGCGUGAGUCACGGCGGGACUCGCCUUUAUAACCGCGCCGGGCUCGCGGAGCCGCCGCCGCGCCCGCCCGCUGCCGUGCGCCGCGCCGUGCCGUGCCCGACCGGCCCAGGGCCCCGGACGCCCCAGACGCCGCGCACGCCCAAGGGCGCGAUGAGAAGCCCGCGCUGCGUCCCGCUCCUGCUCCUGCUCCUGCCCCUGCUCCCGCUGCUGUGGCUCGCACCGUCGUCCGGAGACGCCGCGGUGAUCACCGGGGCCUGCGACAAGGACCUCCAGUGUGGUGGAGGCAUGUGCUGUGCUGUUAGUAUCUGGGUUAAGAGCAUACGGAUUUGCACACCAAUGGGCAAAGUGGGAGACAGCUGCCAUCCACAGACGCGAAAAAGCCAUUUUGGAAAUGGAAGGCAGGAACGAAGAAAGAGGAAGAGAAGAAAAAGGAAAAAGGAGGUUCCAUAUUUUGGGCGGAGAAUGCAUCACACGUGUCCCUGUAUGCCAGGCUUGGCCUGCUUACGGACUUCAUUUAAGCAGUUUAUUUGUUUAGCCCGAACGUAAUCACUUUCAAGUAGAAACUUUAAACGUGAACAGCCACAUGAUGUCUGUAAAGUCUUAAAUUGUGAUUGUGCCAGAUAAAAAUACACCAGAAAAAACUGCCUUGGCUUCCUCCACUUUCAAGUGACACUGUUAUCUUUGAUUUUUAAAUGAUUUUUUUCUAUUGAAAGAGAAUUUUAAUCUGGGAUAGACUAUAAAGUGUAAAACAUUAUGGAACUGGUUCUCAUUUCCUUGUUUGUAUUUCGGUUUACUUUACCUUUUUUUUAAUGCCAGUAACUCACCCACUUUCACAAAAGUGAGGAGAAUAGGAAUUGACUUUUUGUUACAGAGAUGUUUUGCUCUUCCAGUCCUUUCUGUCCCUGCCUCACACAGAGACCUUGUGUCUCUUUGUCUCUGAGUCCUCAAAGUAUAGUAAAGGCCUCGCUUUUUUCCUUUUCCAUUUUCCUCCCUGCCCUUCAGCAUUUUAGAGAGGAAGAUCUGGAUCCUGUAGUUUGCUGGGAGAAUCCCUGGUUAAAACUUAACUAUUUGCCUGAUACUUUUAACAGUGACAAGAGGAUGCAGUUGAACUGGAUGCUCCCAGCUCCUACUAUACAGGGCAGGUUGGGAGAGCUCCUAGAAUUUUCCUUCACUUGUCUAUCCUCGUGGACUUCAACUCUGCUCUUAGGUGUGAGGACAGAAGGAAUGCAAAUUUAAAUUAUCUAAGGCUAGAUUUCCAGAUUUGGGCUUUUGUUCAAAUAAAAGACAUCUUUUCCAAUGCAAUUUUUUUCUUCUCUUUUUCAUGAGGUUUGUUUUAAAUUCUCCUGUUAGAGGUGUUCUAAAAAAUGUCACUUGAGGAAGAAAUAUUGAAUUCAGUCUGGCAUAAUGCUAGUCAUCAUUUUAAAUCAAUAUUAAGUUAUAAUUUAAACUUUAUUUGUAACCAAAAGGUCUAUCAUAAUGGAUUGCCUGAUAUCUUGCCAUUUGUACCUGUAUCAUUAUUGCUGUGUAAAAAUUCUGUAUCAGAAUAAUGACAGUACUGUAUAUCAUUUGAUUUAUUUUAAUAUCACAUCUUUAUUAUUGUCACAGUUGUCAUCAGUUGUUUUUUUUUUUUUUUUUUUUUUUUUUCUUUUUUCCUUUUUAUCAGUACCAGGGAUCGAACUCAUGACCGCCUGCUUGCAAGGCAGGUGCUUAUGCCGCUGAGCUAAAUCCCCAGCCCUGUCAUCAGUUUUUAUUACAAGCAGAUUUCUAUAUAGGCCCCAUCCAAAAAUGGGUGAAGACUUCCCAAGUCAGUAAAAUAGCCUAACACUAUGUGCAUUUCUGUGUUACAUCCAGAAAAGUUGUGUUGGCCUGAAUGUUAAGGUAAUCCAAAAGAAAUAAACAAUGUGUACAUCAAUGAA